AUGCGUGACAUGGAAAGUGAAAAUAAGCAUAAUUUAUGGGCAUCUUUACUUGAUGAAGUACAGUUAAAUAGAAGAAACGCUUAUGGAACUAUUGAAAGUCCAGAUAAACCACAAAUAAUUAUUUUGGGCAGUGAAUCUGCUGGCAAAACACGUCUUAUUGAAUGCAUAAACAAGGAUAAGGAGAUUACAUGUGCUAUUGGAUUGGAUUAUCACUUUUUAGACCUUAGUGAAGACGGAAAUGAAGAUUCUCUAAAUAUGGGUGUAUGGUGUUUAGACAGCAAUCCACAACAGACUGGUAGUCUGUUAAGAUUUGCACUGAACAAGUCGAAUAUAUGGCAUACAAUGGGAAUUAUCUGUGUCAGUUAUGCAGAACCAUGGUCAAUAUUGAAGGAAUUAGAAUUAUGGUUACAAAUACUUGAAAAGCAUAUUGAACAUUUGAAAAUUGAUGCUGAAGAGAUCGAGAAUUUAAAAGCAAGUAUUGCUUACAAUUAUAAAAAAUUCAUCGAUCCAACAACCACUAAAGAUGAGGCAACAAAAUCUUCUGUUGUUGGUUUACAUCAUCAAAUCAGUCUACAAACGACAACUGUACUUAAAGAUCAUUACGAAAAUACUAAAUGGUCUUAUGGACCAUUACACCCAAAACCGAUAGAUCGUGGUGAUGGUAUCGGUGAACCGUUCAGUCCGUGUCAACAACAACGACAACAACACCAGUCUAUUGAUAAGACUGGAGAAGGCAAGAAGAAUGAUGAUAUGGAGGGAUCAUUUGAACAACAAGAAGAAUCACAACACCAACAUCAGUCCAAUCAGUGGCUUAAAAAUGUCAUUAAACCCGGUGUUAUGGAUAAGUUACUUGCAAUCCCUAUAAUGAUUGUUAUUACAAAGAGUGAUACGGCUGAUGCCCUUGAAAAAGAGUCUGGAUAUACAGAUGAACAAUUCGAUUUUAUUCUUUUUCACUUGAGAAAGUUGUGUCUAGAAUAUGGAGCUGCUUUAAUCUAUACAUCAGUUAAAGAAUCAAUCAAUACAGAUGUUUUCUUAGAUUAUCUCAAACAUCGUCUAUUUGAUAUGCCACUGAAAAAUUCUGCAAUGCUUGUUGACCCGGAAGCAAUAUUCAUUCCUGCUGGUUGGGAUAGUCUUCAUCGAUUGGAAUUGUUCAAGAAAAGUUUAUCACCAAAUCUGAUUGACAGUAGUUAUAAUCAAGUUAUUCCAAGGCCAUUAAAGCAUAGGAGAAAGGGAUCUUGUGCCUCUAAAGCCACAGAGUCUACUACAUCUUCAGAAGAAGUGAAUAUCAUUCAACCAGUUGAAGAUGAUCAGCUUUUUUUAAACAGAAUGCAAACAAUGAUAGCGAAUAUGCCCACGCCGACUGCAACUAGUUCGUUAGGUGCUACAACACCAGGUGGCACAGUAACAAGCGCUGGUCAGUCAAGAGAGUCAUCAUUAAUAAGCGAAGGAAUCCAAUCCAGUCUACCAAGUCAGUCGAAACCUGGUUCAGCUGCAGCAUCAUCAGAUAAGGAAGCUGUACUCAGUAGCUUUUUCAAUUCUCUGCUAGCAAGAAAAAGUUUAACAGAGACACCAAUUCUACCGAAAUCAGUUCAACCGACUACAGCCAAUAAACCUAACCCAUUGAAUAGCCCAUCAUCGAAAGAGAAUGAAAGUUAA